AUGAGAUACUCGACGCUCCCCAUCAAAGCCGGCGGCCAGCGUCUCGGUCGCCUGCCCUCGUCGCAACAUGCCCGGAAUGCGUUUUUCCUCAAUCGCCAAUUCAGCUGCUCCAGACAAGUCCGAGAAGAACCAAAGGGGAAUUUCCAGGGACAGCUCUACGAGAGCACCAAGCAGCGGCUGAAGCGCGAACGCGCAGAGCAGGAGAGAUAUUCCCAGUAUCAGACGCAAUCCCCGGGUGCUCGCUAUGCCGCGCUACUCUUUGUCGUGACAUUUUUCACUGCCGGCGGAUAUUAUCUCGGAUCGUUCAAUCCUGCUCCCCCUCCAACCUCCUCCACCGUCAGCCUCUCGGAUAUACACACUAUCAGACACAACACGACCACUGCAAAUCUGCAAGCUGCCUGGGCCGACUUUGCCGGAAUCGUCGGCCAGGACAAUGUCUCGACUAAUGAAAACGAUCUUACUUCGCAUUCCGGUUCCGAGUUCUCGUCCUAUUCCGAAAAGGAUGCCGAGAAGCCAUUCAUCGUCGUGUAUCCUGCUACGACGGACGAAGUCUCCCGGCUUAUGAAGGUCUGCCACGAAAGGCUGAUACCCGUGACGCCUUACUCCGGCGGCACCAGCUUGGAGGGCCACUAUGCGCCUACAAGGGGGGGUGUGUGCAUUGACUUUGGGCGUAUGAAUCGCAUUCUCGAGCUUCACAAGGAGGAUCUCGACGUCGUCGUGCAGCCUGCUGUUGGCUGGCAAGAUCUAAAUGAGGAGAUCUCCAAAGACGGGCUCCUCUUCCCUCCGGACCCGGGUCCGGGAGCAAUGAUUGGCGGCAUGAUAGGAACGGGCUGUUCGGGCACCAAUGCUUACAGAUACGGAACUAUGAAGGAAUGGGUAGUGUCUCUUACGGUAGUCCUUGCAGAUGGAACCAUUAUCAAAACGAGACAACGGCCCAAGAAGUCGAGUGCUGGGUAUGACUUGACAAGGAUGUUCAUCGGCAGUGAAGGCACUCUGGGACUCGUGACAGAAGCAACCUUGAAGCUGGCGGUGAAGCCAAAGAGCGAAAAUGUAGCCGUGGCCAGUUUCCCUUCUGUCCACCAUGCAGCCGAUUGUGCGAGGAGAGUCGUGGAGGAAGGCAUUCCGGUUGCCGGCCUUGAAAUCCUGGACGACGUGCAAAUGAAAUGCAUCAACGCAAGCAAAACGACGCAGCGCGAGUGGGCAGAGGCACCCACACUAUUCUUUAAAUUCGGUGGGACCCCAUCAGGAGUCAAGGAGCAAAUCGGCAUGGUGCAAAAACUCUCCAGGGCCGCAGGAGGCAAGACCUUUGAGUUUGCUCGCGACAACGACGAGAUGAAGGAGCUCUGGAGUGCCCGCAAGGAAGCUCUCUGGAGCGUGAUGGCUAUGAAACGAGAUCCCAGCGACCACGUGUGGACUACAGACGUUGCUGUGCCGAUUAGCAAGCUUCCAGAUAUUGUGGAAGCGACGAAAGCGGAUCUUACCAAAAGCGGAUUGCUCGCUGGCAUCUGUGGCCACGUUGGAGACGGCAACUUUCACGCCAUCAUCUUGUUCAACGACAAAGAAAAACCACUGGUAGAAGAAGUCGUGCACCGCAUGGUCAAGAAUGCCGUUGAAAUGGAAGGCACUGUCACCGGCGAGCACGGCAUCGGACUCGUGAAGCGAGAUUAUCUACCGCACGAGGUGGGUGAGACGACAGUCGAUGCUAUGCGACGAUUGAAAACUGCUUUUGAUCCGCUGUGUCUGCUCAACUGCGAUAAAAUCAUUCGGGUUCAGUCACCGUCUGCGGGCGAAGUCAAGAACUGGUAG